AUCCUGAGGGCUUCACUUAUGUGCGGGCAGAAUUGCAGCCUGCCAUGGUGCAAGCCAUGCACAGUUUUGUGCCCCCUUCUGACAAUAAGCGGGCCAAAGCCUUUAUGCAACAGCAUGGCGGUCAGGUCGCCAUGAUUAAGUUGAUGGAUGCGUUCAAUUACGCGGUGGCACUGUACGAGAGCGAGCAGGCGGCUCGUACAGAGAACACCGAGCUCGGUGCCAAGUAUAAAGAGCUGGCCAUUGAGAAGGCUAGCCUUGUGGACGAUGUGAAUCGUCUGCAAGCGCGGGCUGAAAAGGAAAGCGGGAUUCAGGCGACCAAGGAGGAAACCGUCCGGGUUGAGGAACGGGCGAAGAAGGCCGAGGCCGACCGAGACCGCACUCAGCACGAGCUAGCCUCCUUAAGGAAUCAGGUCGCUGAAGCUGCCCGGAAUCUGAACGCAACUGAAGAGGCCUUGAAUGAGCUGAAAGUCACUCACGGGCGCUCUAUCGCGAUGGCACGGGCUCAAGGUGCAGAGUGGCUGGUCGGUUCAGCCGCAUUCCAAGACGCAGUGGCGGUGGCGUCUGCAAACGUAACCACGGAAAUCUACAAUGAGAUUCGUGGGAAGGUGUUGCACCACCGCCCAGAUUUUCCAAUUCGUGAGCUGGUCUUCUUUGACGAGGAGGAGCUCGACGAGCAGGGUAAGAGCCUUGCUCCCCUCGCUGACACAACUGUGAGGCUGAGGUGGGACUUGAACGAGGAGGGUGUGCCCGUCUGGCCGCCGUCCGUGCUGGAGGACGGGGAGGAUCCAACAGGACUGCCCUCCUUUGACGCCUGGGUAGAGGGUGCUCCUGUGGCUGAGCAGGAGCCUUCAAGCACCCCGCCCAACUCUCAGCCCGCUGGUGUGUCAGUUAGCUCACCGGUCAGCGCGCCAGCCUCCGAGCCCGCAGCCCGAUCUCCUCCUGCUCGCUCUCCUGCAGCCGCUGCUGAUGCAUCCAUGCCCAUCGAUCUGACAGGUGACUAGAUUUAGGGUUUUUUCUUUUGAACUUUUGUACCUUGUUUUUGCAUUUUUGUAUUUGAUCAAUGGAUCCAUAUCGCAUGUACGUUCAAUGUAAACAUCUUUGAUGAAAUACAAAAAUGAAUAUUUCUUUGAAUU